AUGUUUAAUUCAGCUAGUCAAUGUAGGGCUGAUUAUUUGGGAUUGUUUUCAUUAAGUAAUCUCUCAAUUAGAAUUUCUUAUUUUGUUAAAGACUGUCCUCUUUCCGUUAAAGUAAAAUUUAGCUCAUAUAUUGAUAAGAUCGUGAAUUCUGCCAUUAAUAAAGUAAAUGACAUUUCUUUUAAAAGAUUAAAGUGGCUAGGCAAAUAUACGAUAUUUCUGAAAAAAGAGUACAACAACAAACUACUUAUAAUUCUUCUUGUUGAUGAACUGGAUAUAAAUUUUGAUAUCGACAAAAUUUUUCGAGAGUUAAAACUAUCGCUGAAAACUAUAAUUCUGGCAAAGAGUCAGGUCGUAGAAAACAUUAACAGAUCUAAUGGUCAGGAGUUUAAAAUUGAGAAUAAUUUAUGUGAAUCAAAUUUUGAUUUGAAAAUAACUGAAAUUAUUUCUAACGAAUCUCAAUAUAUAAAAAUACAAAUCGAGGCAAUGCUACAAAAAAUUAAUCUUAGAAAGAUUGAAUUUGCAAACUUAAUGACAGAAAAAGUCAAAAUAUCAUUAAAUGAAUCGCUUAAAACAAUACUGCUUAAUUGCGAAGACAUUCGAAUUUUGGAAGCAAACUCUAAGAUUUUGAAAAAAAAUAGCCACCAAUUGUUUAAGAAUGUAUUAAGAGACAAUAGUGACAUUAAAAGAAGUGUGGCAAAUUUAUUAUUUGUCUCUACAAUAAUAACAGCAACUCUAUUGUUAUUAAUUAAAUGA